CUGAUCUUUCGGUUUGUUUUUGCUUUAGCAACACGUUCCACAUAGGAAAUUAUAAGUUUAAAUAAAACCUAUUGUAGCCUGUAUUAUUUUAAAAUGUAUUUUAACGUCAAUAAAUUAGCUACAUAUAGGCCUAUGUAAGAAUCGAGUUGCCAUGUUAUUGAAAUGUAGGCUAAGUAUUAUGUUAAGAAAUUUGUUAAAACGCUGUGUUUGUAUUAAUACAGUUGUAAUUAAUUUGAAAGGUAAAGUGUUGACUAUAUGCAAAGUGUAUCGUUGAUGUUCACUCGCGUGAUUAGGUGCGUGGGCGUGAAAAUAACAGAAUUUCCUCAUGCAGAUGCUCCCCGUGACCAUGAAUCACUGAAUCACGGCCGAAACCCACCACCGCAACUAUAUUCAGACCCCACGACCACGUUUUGUCACAUGCGUGAACCCAUCGACAUUAAAUUGAGCAGCAUGACUCGCGCGAGCAGAUUCAAGCUACGCUGUGGAUGUUUCACGCACGCGGUCACUUACACGGUGUGUUUAAGGCGCUGGGGCGUGGCGGCAUGCGAUCUCCCUGAGAGUGAUUGUUCCACCUGGAGGUCACAGGAUGCCGGUGCAGGCAGCUCAAUGGACUGAGUUUCUAUCCUGCCCCAUCUGCUACAAUGAGUUUGACGCCUGCAGCCACAAGCCCAUCAGCCUGGGCUGCUCGCACACCGUCUGCAAGACCUGCCUGCACAAACUGCACCGCAAGGCCUGUCCUUUUGACCAGACGGCCAUUAGCACUGACAUUGAUGUGCUGCCUGUCAACUGUGCUCUCCUGCAGCUGGUGGGGGCGCCGGUUCCGGAGGGAGAGAUUGUGAGUGUGGGCAGUGCUGAAGACACGAGACAUUAUGAAGUGUGCAGGAUGUGUGUGGAGGAGCUGGCGCUGUAUCUCAAACCAAUCAGUGGAGGAAAAGGUGUAGUGACCCUCAGUCAGAGCUCGCUCAGUAGACCCAUGCAGAGGAAGCUGGUGACCCUCGUGAACUGCCAGCUGGUUGAGGAGGAGGGGCGUAUGCGGGCGGUCAGGGCGUGCAGGUCUCUGGGUGAGCGCACUGUCACCGAACUGAUCCUGCAGCACCAGAACCCACAGCAGCUCUCCGCCAACUUAUGGGCCGCUGUGCGGGCACGCGGCUGCCAGUUCCUUGGACCUGCCAUGCAGGAAGAUGCUUUGAAGCUGGUGCUGCUGGCCCUGGAGGAUGGCUCGGCUCUCUCGCGGAAGGUUCUGGUGCUGUUUGUGGUGCAGAAACUGGAAGCGCGGUUCCCUCAGGCAUCUAAGACCAGCAUUGGUCACGUAGUUCAGCUGCUGUACCGCGCCUCCUGCUUUAAGGUGACCAAACGUGAUGAAGACUCCUCGCUCAUGCAGCUCAAAGAGGAGUUUCGCUCUUACGAAGCCCUACGCCGCGAACACGACGCUCAGAUUGUUCACAUCGCCAUGGAAGCGGGACUGCGUAUCUCACCCGAGCAGUGGUCAUCUCUGCUGUACGGGGAUCUCAUGCAUAAAUCUCACAUGCAGUCAAUCAUAGACAAGCUUCAAUCCCCAGAAUCCUUUGCAAAGAGCGUGCAGGAGCUCACCAUAAUCCUGCAGAGAACAGGAGACCCAGCCAACCUCAACAGCCUCAGAGCUCCUCUCGAGCUGCUGGCCAGCAUCGACCACAACCCUGAUGCGGCUGCUCCAUCCUGGGCAGAGCUGGAGAGCGUGUUAUUGGCCGUGAAGGUUGUUGUCCACGGGCUGGUGGAAUUCAUCCAAAACUUCAGCAAGAAGAGCAAUGAAAGCCCUCAGGCUCAACCCAACAGCAAGUACAAGACGAGUAUGUGCAGGGACUUGCGGCAGCAGGGCGGUUGUCCGAGAGGGGCCAGUUGCACUUUUGCCCACACGCAGGAGGAGCUUGAGAAGCACAGAAUGAGGAAUAGGAAAGCUAGUGGGGUGGUGAGGCCCUUCCUGUCAGUUCCCGCAGUUAUGCCAAAAGCCGGCACCAAAGGAGCAGUCCCAGGGUCAGAGGUGGGCACCGGAGGGCUGAAGAACCAUGAGAAAGAGGAUGCGUCUCCCACUCAGCUCAUCCCAAGAGGAGGAGACCACCAAGAGGACAAAACUCUUCCCAAUGGUGCUAACGGACUGCAUACUACAAGCCUAGAACAAAAUCCCAUCAGUCACAGCCAGUCUUCUGCGAUAGCUUCGGUAAUGUCUAUAGAGGAAGGUCUCCUCAAACACGGACCCGUCCUCACGAGAGCUCAUCCUGAGAUAUACCACUCUCAGGACCAGAGAACAUAUGACCUGUCACCCUACCACCAACCUGCCAUUCCUCCUCACAGGCCAUGCAGUGCUCGCUUCCAUCGUUCCAGCAACGUGACUGAGUCCAUGUUACCCCCUUCAAUGGGCCCUCUGUACCCAGAUCAGCACCCCUCUAUUCCUCCUUCAGACAGAUUAGGCCCCGGCCCUUAUGGGCCACCCUCUACCUACACCUCUAUUUCCCAGGCUCACGCACAUGGCAUGUAUACCCCCGUCUAUGACAGCAGGCGUGUGUGGAGGCCACCGCUGUACCCUAGGGAGGGCGGGAGGAGUAACUCUCUCCCUCCUGAGGUUUUUCAUUCCUCCGUCUACCAGCCGCCGCUCCGGGAACGCUACAACUCACUGGACAGCCCCUACUGCAGCACAGCGGAGCAGAGAGCGGCAAUGCAUAGGGAUGCAUACUCCCGUGUUCCUCUUGGCUAUGAGGAACUCUAUCGCCACAAACAGGAACAGUGGGUACAUCACCACGGCAACAUGAACAGGCCCUCCCAGUCCUCUCCGGUCUUUACUGUGGAUGUGUGUCCAGAGCAUCCUGAGGGUGUAGGUGGUGGGCGUAUGACUUGUAAGUGUCAUGGUGGAGAAGAGAGUCUUGCCCACUACUCGCCCUGGUCGUGCAGCACCAUCAGCCCAUUUGAGUCAGAGCCCCACCAUUUGUCAACCCACUCCUGUUCCAAACAGCGGUCAGCGGACGGGGAGAGUGGUGGCAAACGGUGGCUGCACAUGUUUGAACCCUACAGACGACUGAAAGACGAGGAUCCCAUCAUUCCUUUUGGAGAGGGGCCCAUCAUCUCUAAAUGGGGAGCCAUCUCCCGGGCUUCCCGCACUGGCUUUCACACCACUGACCCGGUCCAAGCCACCGCAUCGCAGGGGUGCGCCGGCACCACAUCAAUCAACUUUAGAGACUAUGGCUGUCAUAUUGGUCACAGUGACCUCAGAUGGGGUCCACGUGGUUCUGAUUCCUCUAGUCACUCCAGCUUUCUAGAGAGUGAUCAGCUGGCCGUGUCCGGGCUGCAUGUAAGAUGUAAUUCCUUCAGCGCCGGGUCAAAGCAGGGCACAGAUCUGCUGGGGAAGGAUGGAACGGAGAGUGAGCCUGACAGAGACAUCGAGCUGGAGCUGUCCGCACUGGACAUGGAGGACUCCGAGACACAGGACUGCAACUCUGAGGACUCAAUUGAAAUGCAAAGCCGCUCCCAGAACAGCCACCUCUCUACAGUCUUUGGUGAUCCAGCAUCCAGUUCUCAGUUGGAAAACAACCUGCCUGACAGAAUGGACACCCACCUUAUGAAGAAGAUGGCAUUCAGAAAGACCCUCUCUCCUGGAGGCCUCAAUAUGGGGAAGAUGCAGAUGAGGACGUGCUCACCCAGACCCGGAGACCCCCCGCGACCCAGUCCAGGACCUGAGAUGCUGCUAAAUGGGAACUGAAGCAGGCUGGACACACCAGCCCUCCUCAUGUUCUAAUUCCAUGGGGUCAUGCCAAGAAUCCACCAUCCUCCUUAGGUAGAAGGUAGAGUUGCCCUUAUAGGAGUCAAUCGAGGCAGCAAGACGCAGCCGAAAGCCUUCUGUAUUCAUGUGUUCUCUUCAUAAGAGCUAGCUAUGCCCUGUAAUUGUAAUCACCCAUCAUCUGUUCAGAGUCAGUUUGUUUUUCUUAAUCACUGCUUGUGGAUGAAUGUUCACUUUGAGUCACAACUCCACCUCAGGUAACUCUUGAUGUCAGCCAAUCAGAACCCUCUCCAAGCCAGGAAACCAAUUACCCAUGUCCCGUAACUCUGUACAGAAGUGAUGGUUCUCACUAGCUUUUAGCUCACUGAGGAAACCAUAAUCUACUGUAUGAAAACUAUAUAGUGGACUCUUCCAAUAUAUAUCAAGAAUAACCAAGGUGCUUGGAAUCUAUAGUACUUGCAUUGUUAUUAAUAUUAUUGCGGUGUUAGCCACUGAAAUAUUAUGUGCAUGAAUUAUUUGUUGGGCAUCAUUGUUUGAAACUACCAUUCAUUGUUUAAAUGUAUGUAUGGAUUGUGGUAUAGGUCUGAUAUCUCUAAGAGACAUUUCAUAGGCAAUCAAUAAAUAUUUUGUACAAUUACUAAAAAGAAACAGUUCACCCAAAAAUGAUUUCAAGUGUUAUUCUGCAUUCAAAUACAGUACAUCAAGAUGUGUCUCACCAGCUUUGACAAUGUCGAUUGGUCACAAAAUCUCAAGAUUUGAGAACUAUGACAGGAAAAAAAAACUUUGCAGAGUUGUAGUCGAGACCUGCUCAUUUGAGUCAGAGUCCAGGCCAAGACCUGAGUAGGUUGAGUCCGUAUCAAGACAAAGACUAGAAGAGGCUGGAGUUUUAGUCAUAUAUCGAGACUAGAAGAGGGCCGAGUCCAGAUCAAGACCAAGACCAGAAGAGGGUUGAGUCUGAGUCAAGGCCCAGAACACAAAAGGGUCAAUCUUGAGUCAAGACAAAGACCAGAAGAGGGUUGAGUUUGAGUCAAGACCAAGACUAGAAGAGACUAGAGUUUGAGUCAAGAUAGAAACCACAAAAGGGUCAAACCCGAGACAAGACCAAGACCAGAAGAGGGUUGAGUCUGAGUCAAGAUCGAGACCAGAAGAGGGUCAGAGUCAAGACCAAGUCCAGAAGAGGGACAGGUCUGAGUCAAGACAGAGACCAGAAGGGGCUUGAGUCUGAGUCAAGAAAGAGACCACAAGAGGGACGAGUCCGAGUCAAGACCGAAACCAGAAGAGGGUUGAGUUUGAGUCAAGGCCUAGAAGGGUCAAUCUUGAGUCAAGACAAAGACCAGAAGAGGGUCGAGUUUGAGUCAAGAUAGAAAUCACAAAAGGGUCAAGCCCGAGAUAAGACCAAGACCAGAAGAGGGUUGAGUCUGAGUCAAGGCCCAGAACACAAAAGGGUCAAUCUUGAGUCAAGACAAAGACCAGAAGAGGGUUGAGUUUGAGUCAAGACCAAGACUAGAAGAGACUAGAGUUUGAGUCAAGAUAGAAACCACAAAAGGGUCAAACCCGAGACAAGACCAAGACCAGAAGAGGGUUGAGUCUGAGUCAAGAUCGAGACCAGAAGAGGGUCAGAGUCAAGACCAAGUCCAGAAGAGGGACAGGUCUGAGUCAAGACAGAGACCAGAAGGGGCUUGAGUCUGAGUCAAGAAAGAGACCACAAGAGGGACGAGUCCGAGUCAAGACCGAAACCAGAAGAGGGUUGAGUUUGAGUAAAGACCAAGACUAGAAGAGACCAGAGGAGGGACAAAUCAGAGUCAAGACAGAGACUAGAAGAGUCUUGAGUCUGAGUCAAGACCAAAACCAGAAAAGGGUCAAGUCCGAGUCAAGACAGACCAGAAGAGGGACAAGUCUGUGUCAAGACAGAGACCAGAAGAGGCUUGAGUCUGAGUCAAGACAGACCAGUUGAGGCUUGAUUCUGAGUAAAGACCAAGAACAGAACAGAGUCCAAAUGCUGAAAAUAUGUUCUUGGACCUGGAGAAUGCUGAAUUUUGAUCAUUUUUUGGUGAACUUUUCCAAUAAUAGCUACAAGCAACAAACAGCACAAUAGGAUUUUAGAGUUCAGUCUUGUUAGAGGAUUUGGGAUUGUGUUUAGUGUGAAUGAAACGCUGAUUACAAUGACAGUUCCGGUUUGUUGUUUACAGUGGUCCAAAGGUCACCUCAUUUUUAUUGCCUCUGUUUCUGUUUCGUUGCUUCUAUAGUUUCAGUUUAAAGAAUACAGAUGAUUAGACUUGAGUUUAAGGUCCCCCCCCCCCCCCCCAAAAUUCCUGUUUUCCUUUAUUUUAUUACGAAACAUUGCUAACUUCCAUGAAGUUGUUGUUGGAAUAUUUUGUAUCUGUUUUUAAUUGUUUGGUCAGCAUUUUGAAAGUACAUUCAACCCUACAUUAUCUAUACACCAUCACAUGUUUUUCAGGAUUAUUUCCUGAUAAACAUGAAAAAAAAAUAAUAAUGAUAACUUCAAGAAUGCUGGUGUUUUAAUGCAGGCUAGUUUUGUGCUUCUGAAAGGAGUUAAAAACUCUAUGUAACAGCACAUAGAAAAAAUCUCUCCUAUUUAAAACAGCAUUUAUUUGAUUCAGUAUCUAAUUUAUGACGGGAUUGUUUUUGUUGAAUGUUUUUCUCCGGUCACUGACUUCUCCUUUUUAAAUGUCUUUCCUGGACCAGUUAAGUGCUUGUAAAUGUCUGUAUUUGUGUAUGAAUGCGCACAUGUCUUUGUUAAGCCUGAACAAAAUAUGAAUAUGAAUGCAUUAUCACUUAAGACUGUUAAUCACGGUUUUACUUAUGUGGUAUAUUAGCGUUUUUCCAUUGAAAUGAGUAAUGAGGAGUGAAAUCUUCCUGGUCAUUAAAUCUCAUUUUGCCUCCUGCAGUCGAAGUGUUUUUCGACAGGGGAUGUUACAGCUGUACCUUCAAGCGAAGAUAUUUUUUGCAAAAUGCUGAAAUACAGAGAAAUUUUCAGUGGAUGAGUCCUCCUAGUGUGUGCAAGUGCAACAUCUUGUUGAUUUAGUGCACAUGUUGAGAAUUUUGCCUUUGUUUUUGGUUCAUUUUUUAUGUUUGGCCUCAUCUGAUAUGAGUGUUUCAAAAAAUGGUGCUGGGUUGGUAAAGAUACGAGUUUCCGUUUUAAUUUUCUCACUAGCUGUCAAAAAUAUAACUUUUUCCUUUUUAUCACCCGUUGCGACGCAGCAAAGCCUUAUUAGUACAUGUUUGACUCGUUUAUCUGCCAGCUCAGCCCUGUAUCAUGCAUGCUGCCUUUGGCAAAGAGGUUCUUUGGCAAAGGAAGUAUGAUUGUGUAGUUGUGUCACACAACACCCCAGCGCUGUGAGUGUCCUGCACUGUAUCUUACAUUUUACUCACUUCCUAUAGCGCUUACUGUCCGCUCUUUAUUAUGGAUUAAUAUCAGGAUUAUGAUUGUUAUUGUUUUAUAUCCAUGUAGUUUUUUUUUCCCUUGGAAAUGUCAGUUUUGUUUGCAUUUAAAUUUUAAAAAUUUGCUUAGCUGUAAUAAUGGGGCAGGACGUGUUUGGUUGUAAUGAUGCUUGUUUUUGUCCUGUGUGCAACUGCAAAAACGAACUGAUGUGUUGGAUAUUUUUACGUCUGUAUUAGACAUUUUCUUUGCAAAUCUAUUAUUCGAUUCAAUUGUAAAUGAAUAGAAGAUGGGCAUCCGUCAUUUUAUACAACCAGAGCCAUCAUUAGAUGGACAUACUGCACAUUUUUAUGAUAUAUAAUCAGAUAUAUGAGGCUAUUUAUGGUCACAGAGAGAAAGAUUCUAAAAGUCAGGAAUAUCUUUUGAUGAAAUAAUAGUAGAGAUUAUUUAUAUUGCAUUUGUUUCUUUUUAAAUACCACCGGGCAAGGAUUUCCCUUUUGCUUGUGGCAAUGCAAGAAAGAAUAUAUAGAAAUGUAGCCAACGCACAGUCAAUUCUUACUGUUUUGGUUGUUUGUUUGUUAAUGCUUUUGUAUCUUGGCUAAGCUUUGCUCUGAUAUGUAGGGCAAGCUGGUGAGAUGAAUCUAAAGGUCAUGACAUGUAGUUGCAUGCCAAGAUAAUAAACACAGUUACAUCAUCA